AUGUCUCCUUCACUACUGGUCAUCAUGAAUCUUUCCCAUCUGAUCACAUACACCGCCAUCGUGCUCUUGCCCGGCGUCAUGGCAUUGGUCGUCACUAACACAGAAACCGCAAAGAGGGCACAAACGACUCUUACUGAUGGGACGCAGAAGAAGGAUGAGUGGGGAAAAGUGGCCGGCAUGUCCUAUGUGUCCUCUGGAAUAAUCAUCGAAGGGUGCCCUUCAAGUAUCAAGAUUGACAACUGCUUGACAUUGCAAGAGACGAACGACCCGACGAAGAUGCUUGAUAAUGGUGCACCCAAACAGAGGAUCGAGUUCUAUGAAGGAAAGGUGAAAGAUGGUGUCACGGCGAAAUACAGCUGGAAAUACUACCUGUCAUCUAAGACUGGCACAACCAACAGCUUUUUCUCCCUCAUGCAACUCUUUACGGACGGCAUCCACAAACCGGUCGUUGGUCUUAGUGCGAUCAAAGAUCAGGUAUUCAUUGUAGACGUCCUGAAACAAGGCAUCUGUCCAAAAUCCGGGUGCCCGACUAUCGCUCUCGAUGACUUCACGGACAGAGUCACGCAGCAUUCCAUGACCGUGACGUUCGGCAGCAAGGGCAAGAUGGACUACAAGAUCACGGAUGUUGGUACGGGAAAGACGUUGCUCGAUUUCAGCGGGAGCGGCUAUAUGGGCAACGUGAUUUCGACCGUGAAAUGGGGGCUAUACCGAGGCGCCCACCAGGGCAUGACGGAGGCGCUGUGA